AUAAAAUAAAGAGCAUCGGAUGAUUCUGAUCACUUUAAAUCGCGAUUGAAAUAAAUUGUGUGCUCAUAAAUUAGAUUUAAAUAUGAGAGUUUUGAUUGUUUUAGUAGCAUGUGUUUGCGCUUGCGUUGCAUCAGAAAGAAGAUACUUUCCGGAAGAUGAUCAUCGCUACGAUAAUCAACGUUUUGUUCUCGUCCCCGAUGACAAUGGCUUCCCGCGCCUUGUGGAUCUUCAGCAUAGAGACGUAGACUUCGAAUUAGUUCCUGAAGACAUUACUGUUUACUUCCACAGCGCUGCAGAACCAACAAUCGGACACAAAUUUAGCGCGCAUGACUUUGACGGUCAAGUUAACCAUCCUGAUUUUGAUCCCACGCGUAAAACAGUCUUUGUCACUCAUGGCUGGACCGGUUUCAACACUUCUUAUUCCUGCCGCACGAUUUACACUGCACUUUUAGUCAAAGACGAGGUAAAUGUUUUCGUUGUGGAUUGGAACCGUCCCGCUCAUGAGUUUUAUACUGUCGCACGCCAAGUUGUCCCGGAUAUUGGACGCGUCCUUGGUGGAUUCAUAGAUAAGUUAUUGGAAACCAACAAUAUGGAUUCUUCUCUUAUCAUGUUGGUAGGUAAUAGUCUGGGUGCGCAUGUAAUCGGGGCAACUGGCGCCGCAAUGAAAAACAAACCCGGAAUUAUUAUGGGUUUGGACCCUGCGCAUCCCUUAUUUUAUUUGGAUGAACCCAGCAAGCGUUUAGACAUCAGCGAUGCCAAAGUUGUGCAUAUUUUGCAUACGAACGCAGGUUUCUUGGGCUAUUUGAGUUCCUUGGGACAUGCUGACUACUGGGCGAAUGGAGGUGGACAAAGGCAACCGGGUUGUGGUGUAGAUCCUUUCGGAUAUUGCGCGCAUACUCGCUCCGUUGAAUUAUUUGCGGAAUCUAUCAACUCUCGUGCAUUUAGAAGUCUUAAAUGUGAUUCGUAUGAGGAAUUUAAGAAUGGCGGAUGUGAUAACAACCAGGUAUCAAUUUACGGCGGAAUAAACAUAGAUUUUGACGCCACAGGUGAUUUCUAUUAUGAAACCAAUGCGGAAUCUCCAUACGCACAAAACUAAACACAAUAAAAUCAAAUACUCUCAAGAAAA